GAGUUUCAGGAGGGACAUUUGUGACUGGGACACGCCCAAAGAACAUCCAGAGCAGUGGGAUAUGCGUUUUACUUUGGUUCUGUAUCCUGGGAGAGAAAAGCUGAUCACUCAGUGCUGGGACAAGGGAAGAUAAAAAUGAUGCGGAGACAGCGCUGUUACCCAAGACGAUAAUGGCCGACAGGUUGAUGGAGUGGGCGGGGCUUAGGAUGGACCAAGGAGGAUGAAUUCCAGCCUAGGGGAUGCAACGGGUUGCGCAUAUCAACUUGCAUUCGGCAUGCGUUCUAUGUACACAACAAAGCAUGUGAGAACCACUACGCAUCCGUGUCCUACAUUUGCUCGUGAGUCUACACGAGUCACUUCUUAACUCCAGGUCCAUGUAGUCUCCAUCUCAAGGCGUGAUUAAGUUUUGCAGUCGUUUCUCUGCUUGAGGGGCAUCCAACCUCCUGUACUGGCUGUACAGUGGUGGUAGCUGUAUGUUCUGGAUAGCAGAGUCUAGAGGCAACCUUGACAUGGCUGACCAGGAGGAAGGAGAUAGUCUGGUCUGCCUGCAGUCCAGCGAAGCCUUCCCAUUGAAACCCAUGGUCAAGGAUGAUCCCCGCCUAGAGGUACCAUACCAUCAGCUCUGUGGUGAGAGUGUCACUUUCCUUGGUAGAGCCUCCGAUGCCAUCAUUGUGUUGUCCAGCUACCGCUUGCUCAUACGUCACAAGGAGUCGUUUGUCAAUGUUCCUGUGAUGCUGAUAGAGUCCGUAGAAUGCAGAGACCUGUUCUAUCUGGUUAUAUUAUGCAAAGACGGCAAGACAUAUAGGUGUAAGUUUGCCACCAACGAGCAAUGUCAGGACUGGUUGACGCGUCUCAUGUCGGCCAUCGCACCCCCCAGUAAGCUAGAGGACCUGUUUGCCUUUGCCUUCCAUGCCUGGUGUUUUGAUCAGAUUCAUCACGAUGUGGACUCGCCAGGGCCAGGCGUUGGUUUCCUGCAGUCUGCUGGAGAUAUUCCAACCUAUUCCUUCAGCAGUGAGGUCAGACGGCAAGGCUUUGAUACGAAAGAAGCUUGGCGGAUCUUUGAAAACAAGGAGUACAAGAACUGUUCGUCGUACCCAGUCCAGCAUAUUGUACCAGCCUGGGUGACCGAUGAAGAUCUCAAAGAAGUCUGUUCAUUCCGAGCAUCCAAGAGAUUCCCGUCAGUCGUCUGGAGGCAUCAGCGUAACGGAGCCGUGAUAGCGCGAUGUAGUCAGCCAGAGAUUGGCUGGUUUGGUUGGCGCUGUGAACAAGACGAACGCUUCAUGGAAAGCAUCCUGAGAGCAUGUAACAUAGAUAAUCCACAGACUGCAGCCCAGGAGACCGAGAAAACAGUCAAUGGAACGGCUGGAGGAGAGGCUAGCGAUGUGAGCCUUCUGCCUCACCUAGGCUCCAAUCCCAACAACAAGAAAGUCUUGAUAGUUGAUGCUCGUUCCUACACAGCAGCAUAUGCCAACAGGGCUAAGGGUGGAGGCUGUGAAUUCCCAGAGUAUUACCCAUCGUGCGACAUCCAGUUCAUGGGACUCGCUAACAUCCAUUCCAUCAGAAAAAGCUUUCAGGGAGUUAGGAACUUAUGUAGCAAUACACCUGACGGAACCAACUGGCUGUCUCUAUUGGAAGCUACCAAGUGGUUACAGCACCUGUCCCUUCUGCUCAAAUCAGCUCUGAUGGUGGUCAAUACGGUAGACAAAGAAGCGUGUCCUGUAGUAGUCCAUUGCUCAGACGGUUGGGACCGGACACCACAGAUAGUGGCCCUAGCUGAGUUGAUGUUGGAUUCUUACUACCGGACACUAGAGGGCUUUCAAGUUCUAGUUGAGCGAGAGUGGCUCAACUUUGGUCACAAGUUUGGCGAUCGUUGCGGUCACAAACCCAAUGACGACGAUGUCAACCAGAGAUGUCCUGUGUUCCUGCAGUGGCUGGACUGCGUACAUCAACUCCUCAAGCAGUACCCAACGGCCUUUGAGUUCAAUGAAACAUUCCUGGUGAAGCUAGUGCAGCACACCUACUCGUGUCUCUUCGGCACAUUUCUGUGCAACAGCGCACAACAACGAGCCAAACACUCCAUCAAAGACCGCACAUGCUCAGUCUGGGCAUUGCUGGGGGUCGAGGCGCAUAAAUACCGCAACUUUCUGUUUGCACCUACAACUGAACCGGUCUUGUUUCCUUGCUGCCAUGUGCGCACAAUGCACUUCUGGACAGCAGUUUUCCUGUCCGACUCCACCCCAGCCACUUGCGACGACAACUCAAGCUUCCUGCAGACUGCCCAGACGGCAACAGGCGAGGGCGCCAAGCUUACCCGCACCCGAUCGGUCGACGACCUUCACAAAAGCGAAGAGGAGAAUCAUCGGGGCAGCAUCGUGGAAGGCGGGCCAUUAGUCAGGCGACUGAGUGAUCCCAACCUGAGUGAGUUGAAAUUGGAUGGAGGGAGGAUUGGUACUCCACCGCAGACACGUAAGCUGGCUGAUAGACCCAUCGGAGGGGCAGUCUUGAGAGGAGAAGGAGAUGAGAUGGAGUCUACUCAUGAUCCUGAAGGAAGCAACAACUCCGCUGAGGAAGCCGCAGAUCCUGAUAACCAGGAUGUCAAUCAGAUUGAAGACUCUGCCGCUAGUAGCGAGACCGAUCUGAACAGUGAGCCUCUAACCAAUGGCCACUCUAACGGACUCCUGAACGGAGAUUGUACCGACAGCGAUCCUGAUGAUACAAUUCUGGAUGAGAAUUCUAGGACCUCAACUCCAAAGCGCUGUCAUAGUAGCAGCCAGCAGACUGUAGAUAAACCCAUGAAUGGCUCGACAGAUACACUGACUGAAGAGUUGAUGAGUAGUAGAGACGGUAACCCCGAACUCAAUCAUUGGAAUGAAUGCAAUGGACAUACGGAUACCAGUGAUGUAGAGGAUGAACACCAAGUCUUUGAAUUGAAGGCCGAGUGUGAGAUCACGGCGGCAAACAGCCUUCCAUCUGACAACAAACAGCUCGGCAAAUCAAUCAGCAUCAGCACUAGCACGUCUGACCUGACUAGCUCAACUAUCAGUGGUCACCCGCCAGAUACGACACGCACGUUGUUCAUCUCAGAAUCCGCGUCUCUCCCAGAACUCGGCAUCCAGACCAAUUUGCCAAACGGCGACAGCCAUCACGUCCGGCACAUCUCAAGCUCCAGCAUCCAGAAUUUUGUCUCAGCUCCCUCAAGCCCCGUCUCCAGCGAGUCCCAACCUUGCCUGACCCCUGAUUUGGAGAUGCUCACGGCUAAAGCCUCAACGAGUGGCCUGAAAGUCGGCCGUCACUUUGAUGAAGAUGGUUUGACCACGAUCCCAGCCCCUGGACAGGAUAGACUUCUGGGGAUCAUGCACAGACAUCAGAAUGAGGUUGCGGUUCUCAGACAUGAGGUCAUCCGACUGCAGAAAUUACUGCAACAAUCCAGUCACAUGAAGGCACUCUUCCCCCACGUAGCACUCAAUGGGGUAUGCCAAGAGGAAGUAGUGGUAGCCAGUGAGUUAGAGGAUGAGAAGGACCGUGAUGCCUCAUCCCGCUGUGGGUCCAUCACAUCAGACAUCUCAUGGGAACAGGUGGAUGAGACAGAAACUAAACGCACGCUGUGGAUUCCUGACCAUGCUGUCACGCAUUGCUUCAAAUGUAACACACAGUUUAAUGUGGUCUACAGAAAACAUCAUUGUAGGAGUUGUGGCCAGGUUUUCUGCAGUACCUGCACUGGUUUCACAGCGCCGAUCCCUCAUGAACAACUCUACCAACCAGAAAGGGUCUGCAAAGCUUGCUAUGACAUGCUGGACCGCAACAACAGUAGGAAAACACAAAUGGCACCUGGCCUAGGCUGAGUGCUUAUACCUACCAAGCUAUGAUUUAAUUUGAAAUCCUGCAUAUGUUAGUAUUGUUGUAAUUUGGUCAGAAGAUAUGAUCACCAGUAGGUUUGUAUGGAACCUGUGCUUUCUCAAAUGCAUAACCUUUUUACUGACAAAAUUUAUGUCUUGAAAGAGUGACUUUGUGUUUGAGAAAAGUUUGUCAAAGUAUAUAUAUUUGUUCAUUAGUAUAUGGGUCAUUCAAUAAAUUUGGGGUCCACAUUUUUCCUGUCCGUGUUAACAUCUGACAUCUAUGAUUGUAUAAUUUUGAUGCACUCUUUAAAACACUUCCCUUCACAGAGUGAUUAUGAAUAGUAAACUACCUAUCCAAGAAAUAAAUCAUUUGAAAUAAUUCCUAAUGAUACUUGAGUGGCAAAACACAAAGUACCAAGGUAACCGGGACAGGGAAAAUGUCACACUUUGGACCCUAAAUUUAUAGAAUGACCCAGAUAUGAAAUUGGAUCUGAAAAAUGAGGUAUGUUAUGAACAUGUUCCAGAUUGAUCUUUUAAAAGCAAGAAAAGUGUUGUGAAUUUAAUCAGUUGUUUAAUACCAUUUAAUGGUUGAACUGUUUAAAGGCAUACUUUUGUCAUUUGUCCUCAAAUUAGAAAGUUUCUCUGAAUCAACCAAAAUGUGUAUGUUGUUAAAUCUGGUUUGGUAUGAUCUGAAAUUACAGUCAUUUUCAAAAAAAAAAUUAACAAAGAAAGAACAUGGGACAAAUCUGAAGUACUGAGGUUGUAAUACGUCAUUCCACAAGCUUUGGUGCCCUAAACUUAGGUUUUCCUGGAUUCUGUAUAGAUACAUACAAAUUAGGCAAAAAAAAUUCUUCUGCUUCCGGUUACCUACCCUAUUUUUACGGCACCGACCCUUAAACUGUUAUCGACAAGUUAAAAAUAUAAAUUUCAAUGUUUAAAAAAUGCCCCACCCCCUCCCCCCCCCCCAAAAAAAAUCUGGUUGUCUUUUCUGUCUACACGAAAUGCCUCUCAACAACCUAUUUACGUCAAAAACGCUUGUCUAUAUUUGUUUGCCUACUGCUAUUUGUUAUUUUUGAGAAGAAACCAAAUUUUUACAAGUUCCUUUUGCGAUUACCAGUUCCCUUCGCGGUUCACUUUGCGGUGAUGAACACACAUGCGUAAUGAUCAAUGCUGUACUGGUUCCUGCAGUGCCGUGCACUAAAAGGGCCAAGGAAGGCAUGGUGGAAAUGGGGCUACCAGUCGAUGCAUAUGGCUGGCCAACAUAGCGUUUUGACACCAUAAAAAUGCCAAACGUCGAUGGAGAAAGAAGAUUUCUUCAAGUUAAUUCACAGAAUUAACUGUGUACGUAUUUUCCGUGUUCAUGAAUUUAUUUUGAGUUUAUACCGCUCAUACUCGCAGCAAUACAGCGCAGCGUGUCUCCUUAAUUUCUUGCAGUAACUCGACAUUCUUCGCCAUCCACAGUGUAUCAUGCAAGCAGACUGCGUGCUAUACGGACAGUCUUGGUCAGUUUCCCGUCUUGACUAGAGUUGCUUUCCAAGCACAAAUGAAUAAAGUUCACAAAUGAAUAAAGUUCAGGCUGAAUACAUGAUUGAAUUCCCCAUUCAAACAGCACAAAAAAAUUGGCCCCCCCCCCCAAAAAAAA